CCUGGAGCUGAGCCGCCGUCCGCCGGCGCUGCGGUCUCGGCUGCCGGUUCUCCCGGUGCCCGGCCACUCCGGGAGCCGGAGAGAACACGCUUUCUCUCUGCCUAGUCUCCCCUGCCCACGGGUCCCCUUGGCCGGUCCGAGAGGAAGCGGGAAGGGGCGCGGGGUGCCCCGGGGGGGGGAAGGCAACUGCAGAAAGGACGCUACUGCAGGUUACAGGUUCACUGAUGGCUCAGUUGGGAGCAAUUGUGGCUGUGGCAUCCAGUUUCUUUUGUGCAUCACUCUUCUCAGCCGUGCACAAGAUAGAAGAGGGACAUAUUGGGGUAUAUUACAGGGGUGGCGCCCUGCUGACUUCCACCAGUGGCCCUGGUUUCCAUCUCAUGCUCCCAUUCAUCACAUCGUAUAAGUCUGUACAGACCACACUCCAGACAGAUGAGGUGAAGAACGUGCCCUGUGGGACCAGUGGUGGAGUGAUGAUCUACUUUGACAGAAUUGAAGUGGUAAACUUCCUGGUCCCAAAUGCAGUGUACGAUAUAGUGAAGAACUAUACUGCGGACUAUGACAAGGCCCUCAUCUUCAACAAAAUCCACCAUGAGCUGAACCAGUUCUGCAGUGUGCAUACACUUCAAGAGGUCUACAUUGAGCUGUUUGAUCAGAUUGAUGAGAACCUCAAACUGGCUUUGCAACAGGACCUGACUUCCAUGGCCCCUGGGCUGGUCAUCCAAGCUGUACGGGUGACAAAGCCCAAUAUACCUGAGGCAAUCCGCAGAAACUAUGAGUUGAUGGAAAGCGAGAAGACAAAGCUUCUCAUUGCAGCCCAGAAACAGAAGGUGGUGGAGAAGGAGGCCGAGACAGAGCGGAAGAAGGCGCUCAUUGAGGCAGAAAAAGUGGCUCAGGUUGCAGAAAUCACCUAUGGGCAGAAGGUGAUGGAGAAGGAGACUGAGAAGAAGAUUUCAGAAAUUGAAGAUGCUGCGUUUCUGGCUCGGGAGAAGGCAAAGGCAGAUGCUGAGUGCUAUACUGCUCUGAAAAUAGCUGAAGCAAAUAAGCUGAAACUGACCCCAGAAUAUUUGCAGCUGAUGAAGUACAAAGCCAUUGCUUCCAACAGCAAGAUUUACUUUGGCAAAGACAUCCCCAACAUGUUCAUGGAUUCUGCAGGCGGUCUGAGCAAGCAGUUUGAGGGGCUGGCUGACAAGCUCGGCUUUGGCUUAGAAGAUGAACCCUUAGAGGCAAGCACAAAGGAGAAUUGAAAGAAAGUGUACAACCUUUGACUGUGACACUUGGAGAGAUCUUUAUUUUUUAAGAUGAAAGAAUGUUCCUCCCCUCCACACUACCUUUGACUCUUCAAAUUACUGUGGUGAAAAGAAGAGAUGGACUUAAAUCUACUCCCCUUCUGGGAAGGGAGGGCAGACGCAUGAUUGGGGGUUUUAUUCAGGUAAGUAGUUCAGGCUCCAGUUGCAGAGUUCCCCCCUCCUCACUCCUGAUAAGAUGUGUUAGCCAUGGGCGUGGCCUCUGACCAGCGCACCAAUUUUGUCCUUUUGAAGCUGGCUUAACUAGGGAUGCUGUCACUAAGGAGUAGGAGACAUGUGGCUCCUGCCCUCUGAUAGUUUGAUUUCUGUCACUUGGGAAAAGGGAUCCACAGUUAUGACCAUUGCCUCUAAGGCAGGAGAUGUUGGGGUGGGGUCACAACUGAAUGUGAGUUCUAGGGAGCAGCAACUGCAGCGCUGGCCUACUGCUGGGCAUUUUCAUCAGUCAUGUGUGGGUUAUUUCAGAGGCAAGCUCUAAUGAGCCCUUGUGAGAAAGAACCUGGUGCUAGGCUUUGCAAGAUUUUCUAUACCCUGUGUCCCUUGCCCUAGGGCUCAAAGAGAAGUGGUUCUAAUACGUCUCUGACACCAAGACUUAAUCACCAUCCAUCACACAGUUCUGACUUUUCACCUGAUAGGAGAUUUGGUUUCUUCUGAAGUAAGCUGUCUCUUGCUUCCACUCAGCAUCGAGAAGACAGGAACAGACAAGUGUCUUUUAGAUUCUGAAACACACUUAUGGCACCACCAGCCAGGUAGUGCCUGCUUGGCAGACGUGUGUGUGCUUUUGGAGUGAACAUCUUUACCAUGGAGAUGCUUCUCUGAAGAGCUAUGACGCUGUGUGUGAGUGAGGGGGAGGGUCUGCCAAGAGAUGCACAAGUCGUGGUGCCUGGCCUAUGCUGGAAGGGUGUGCUGCGUAACACUGUGUACUAUAAAGGGAGCCUGUUCUCUGAGUACCAGGAAUUUUUAAAUCCAAGGUUCCAAGUGGCUACAAGGGGAUUACUCCCAAGUUCAUGCCCACAUCCGCAGACUGGAUUGUAUCCCCAGGCUGUAUCAAAACAUACUCUUAAGUGUUUUAUUUUGCAUUCCUAGGUGAUUCAGGAUGGAAAGAGCAAACAUGAAAGGUUUUUCUUAUAUCCCAAAAUAGAGUUGGGAGUGGGGACCCAUUUGUGCUACACAAAAGUGCUAAGUGGAGGGCAGCCAUGGAGAAUGGUUUGUUUGCAAACACAUUGGUACCCUAUGUGAGUACAGCCAUGUAGCUGCCCCUCCCCCUCAAAGCACCCACUAUAACCCCAGGAGAGUACUAUGAAUGACCUUUGCUGGCACCAAGCCUCACCUUAUUUUUAGUUCUGUAACUCAGGCCCUCUUGUUCCUGAGUACCACCAUGCUUGUCAGGAAUUUGGGGAGCAUUUAGCCUGCUAGAAGGGUUUAAGGUGUUAACCCCUCUUGCUUCAAAUGUUCCCCUUCUCAAUUCUAAUUCCUGGCACUUAGACUUCUCAGGCCACUGAUCCUCAUCAUUCCUUGUACACACAGCAAAAUGUUCCUGGGAGGCAUAGAUGUUGAUAUGUUCAUGAAUCUUAUAGAAGUGGUCUUUUUCCCAGGACCAGCACAGGACACCCGUUCUUAAAAUGCAUCCUCCUUCCUCUCAUUUCAGUGCUGUUAACCGUGUGUCAAGAGCAACAUGCUGUACCCAGCAUCCCCUGGUCACAUGUAUGUUUUGUCCAUCCCUGAGCUCUUGUCACUUGAGCCUCAGAAAACACUACUUCACUACAGUUGGUGUAGGAGAGAGGGUGUCUCAGCUGCUCCAAAUAGCAUGUUCUCUUAGCCUGAAGGUCUCCAGUACUGACAAGCAUCCUGUGAUAGCUUUUCCCUUGACCACAAGGCACCUCAAAUAUUAAGUCCUGCUGCAACUGCCCCUCCCCGUGUUAGUCACUUCCUGUUUUAAAAAAUGUAUGUAUAUAUUGUCAUGCCCAUUAGCAUAGAUAUACUGGUACCUGUCACAGCAGUAAAAUCAUGGAAGUCAGUUGUCUCCUUAGCAUGGGAUAACUAGCCCAUCUGUCUGUGUGACUUCAUUUUUGUAAUACUUACUAGAAAACCCGAUCUUUAAGCAUUUGGAUCUAAACAUGUAAAAGGUGAUAAGCCUGCAAUUUUGUAGGCAGUGAACUCAUAGCUGCUAUUUAUACAUAGAACAUCUAUCAAAGUAAGUAACUUUAUAAAAUUUGAGUUUUUACAGGAUUUUCCAAGGAACAGCCACUCUAGUAGAAUGUUUCUCACUCAUUAAACUUUGCAGAAGUGAUUCGUAUUCAGAACUGUUUUUAAUCACUUUUUAAAAUAUAUGGUCAGAAUGUUUGUAAGGAAGCCAAAGUUUGCUAAUAAUUUUUAUACAACUAAAAAAUAGAUGUGGUAGGAUCCAUGAUCAUACUGAGUUGAGAAAGAAAUUGAGAAAUAUUGGUUCAAAGCAAAAAGGAAGUGUUUUGUAAAUGAUCUCUGUUGGUUUCUAUAGAUUUGUGUAUCUUUUAACACUGAUCAUUAUAUCAAUUAGUAUUAAUUGUGAAAGUAUGAUAGCCAUAUUUACUGACCUUGACUGUCCUAAGUCUGAGGAUAAACUGCAUCUGGUGAAUAGCUCCUCUUUGUCUAUGGACUUGAUCACUGCUCUCCAGCUGUGUUCAAUGGGAUUCUAGCCACUGUUUUUCUUCUUUUCUUAUAAAGUCCAUUAGGCAAUCAUGUUCUAUUUGUACUUCUUUAUCUCUGCUCUUAUAUAAGCUGGUGAUUGAAUAGUCAAAGCAGUUUUUUUCAAAGAGCCCCAAGGGCUUAAUGGCCCCCUUUUUAAACUGAGAAAUUAUUCUUGUUAUAUUAAUCACUGUACAAAUGAUAGUACUAGAUUAAUUAAUUGCCUUAGGUUGAUAGCUAGAGGGAUUGGUUCAGACAAUACAAAAGGUCUCAUGUGAA